GUGCCCUACCUGCACCGCACAUCCAGCAUGCAGAGCUCCAGACCCCCUUCCCUGGGCCAUGGCCGAACUGCAGAACACAACGACUGUAAUGGGAAGGGAUCUCCAUCAGCCCUCAGCCAGACUAAUGUCUCUCAAGACGAAAACACUGAAGACGAGAAUGUGGAGGAGGAGGUCAGCCAGGGACGUUUGGCCAGGAUACUUCGAUGGAUGGAGAAAAAGCAGCCAGAAUGGUGUCGGCAGAGAGAUACAUGGUCCCUCUACCUGUUCCCCCCGGAGUCCAGAUGCCGCAGGCAAUGUGAAAAGAUCAUCAACCAUAAAAUGUUUGACCAUGUUGUGCUGGUCAUCAUUUUUCUCAACUGCAUCACCAUCGCCAUGGAGAGGCCUGGCAUCAGUCCUGACAGUGCGGAGCGGAUCUUCCUGAUGUGGUCUGACUACAUCUUUACAGCGAUAUUUGUGGCAGAGAUGACCGUAAAGAUCGUGGCUCUUGGUUGGUUAUUUGGGAACAACGCCUACCUGAGGAGCAGCUGGAACAUUCUGGAUGGGAUAUUGGUGAUGAUUUCUGUUGUUGACAUCCUGGUGACUCUUUUCUAUGGAAAAAAAAUCUUGGGCAUGCUCCGAGUGCUGAGGCUGCUGAGGACGCUCAGGCCGCUCCGCGUGAUCAGCAGAGCCCCAGGACUGAAGCUGGUGGUGGAGACCCUGAUGUCAUCGCUUAAGCCAAUCGGCAACAUUGUGGUGAUCUGCUGUGCCUUCUUCAUUAUCUUUGGAAUCCUUGGAGUACAGCUUUUCAAGGGAAAGUUCUUUAUUUGCCAAGGGGAGGAUGUGAGGAACAUUAAAAACAAGACUGCCUGUUUACAAGCCGGGUACGAGUGGUUCCACAUCAAGUACAACUUCGACAACCUGGGGCAGGCUUUGAUGUCUCUUUUUGUACUUGCUUCAAAAGACGGAUGGGUGGAUAUCAUGUAUGAUGGCCUCGAUGCUGUAGAGGAGGACAAACAACCAGAGCUGAACCACAACCCAUGGAUGCUGCUCUACUUCAUCUCUUUCCUCCUGAUUGUGGCCUUUUUCGUGCUCAACAUGUUCGUGGGUGUGGUGGUGGAAAACUUUCACAAAUGUCGGCGUCACCAGGAGGCAGAGGAGAACAAGCGCAGGGAGGAGAAGAGACUGAAACGAAUAGAGAAAAAGAGACGGAAUUUAUUGGUUCCUGGUGUGAGUUGGGCCCUUUCUGACGGCACACUGAAAGAAGCUCAGAGUAAGCCUUACUACUCGGAUUACUCCCCCACUCGGCUGCUCAUCCACAAGCUGUGCACCAGCCAUUACCUGGACCUCUUCAUCACCAUUGUCAUAGGCCUGAACGUCAUCACCAUGUCUAUGGAGCACUACGAUCAACCGAAGAAACUUACUAAAGCACUGAAGAACUGCAACUACAUCUUCACCGUUAUUUUCGUUCUGGAAUCAGUCUUCAAGCUGGUGGCAUUCGGAUUUCAUCGCUUCUUCAAGGACAAGUGGAACCAGCUGGACCUCAUCAUUGUGCUGCUGUCCAUCAUGGGCAUCACUCUGGAGGAGAUUCAGGGCAACGCCUCAAACGCCUCCAACGCCUCAAUGCCCAUCAACCCCACCAUUAUUCGCAUCAUGAGAGUGCUGAGGAUCACAAGAGUGCUGAAGCUCCUAAAGAUGGCGGUUGGAAUGAGAGCUCUGCUGGACACCGUUAUGCAAGCUUUGCCUCAGGUGGGGAAUCUGGGUCUCCUCUUCAUGCUCCUCUUCUUCAUCUUUGCUGCGUUGGGAGUGCAACUAUUUGGCGACCUGAUCUGUGAUGAGAGCCAUCCAUGUGAGGGUCUGGGUCGCUACGCUAAUUUUAAAAACUUUGGGAUGGCAUUUCUGCUGCUCUUCAGAGUUUCGACUGGCGACAACUGGAACGGCAUUAUGAAGGACACUCUGAGGGACUGUUCACCAAACAAUGGGACGUGUUACUUCAAAGUGGUCUCUCCCAUCUAUUUCGUCUCCUUUGUCUUGACUGCCCAGUUUGUCCUGGUCAAUGUGGUCAUCGCUGUUCUGAUGAAGCACUUAGAGGAGAGCAAUAAAGAGGCCAAAGAGGAGGCAGAGCUCGAGGCUGAGUUGAAUCUGGAGGCACAAAUGGAGGAGGCAAUGGCAUCAAGAUCGCCCCAGCUCAACCCCUUAGCCUCUGGCAUAGACAGAUUGAGCUCGGAGGAUUCCCCGUUCAGGUCAUCUGGAGGAGGAGACAUGGAGCAGGAAAGGCAAAGUCCUAUCAACUCUCCCACUCCUGAUAUAACCAGAAAAUCUGUAGACAGCGAUGCAGAACCUUGCUCAGACUCACAGCUGCAGUUUGUGCAGGGGAGAGCACUUUUUGACUCAAUCUCCCUGGUCAUCCAGGGCUCUAUGGAGGGAGAGCUGAAUUUGAUGGACAACCUGUCCGGCUCGAUCUGCCACUUCUACGCGCUGCCCCCCAGGCCCAACAAGCACAGCAGAGACAAAAAGCCCGAGCUAAGAAAGGACAAAGUGGGGCGCACUAAUUCUCUGCCCAACAGCCACAUGUUCUACCCCCCACACCCCUUUGGCCCCUCCUCUCCAACUUCAGCACAGCAUGUAGCACAGUCAAGAGAGCCCCAGCACUUAGCGGCUAGUCACAGGGCCAAAUCAGGCUCCAGAGACUCGGUGCAUUCACAGCCGGAGAAGUUUUCCCAGCAGCUGACCAUCUCCCACAGCCACUCAGACUCUGAAAGCAUUCCACAACAACCUCCAACAGGACGCACACUCUGUCGACAGUCUGCAGUGUCCACUGAUUCUCAGGAGGCCCUUUGUUCCAUUGAACAAGAGAGUAGUGAAGGACUUACGAAUGUUGCAGCUUCGGCCCUACCUUCAUGCACCUCCUCCACCUCUCGCUCCUUCUCUUUCUCGCAUCAUCGCCAGCCUCAUCUGCAUCCAGCGCUCUGCCCUGUACCUGCCCUACUGGGUACCCCCUCUAAACCUUUGCCUCACCGCAGCGUGCACACUCAGCAACAUGACCAGCACUGCCUGGCCUUCCACUCCACAUCUGCAUCUUCUUCCUCAUCCCCCCAUGUGCCUCCUCCCCCCUUACCUGUCAGGCCACCGCAGCAGCAACAAGAGCAGGUGGAGGCAGCUUUGGAGGAUCAAGAAGUUUCCUUCAUCACCUGUGGAGGACUUAUGAAAAAUGAAAGCACAGCCGUGAAGGAUGUGGGCGGCGAGGAAAGUGGGAGACCAUGUUUGAGGCAGCUGAAGAGGUUCCACAGUGUUGACACACAGGGCCGUAGCACCCUCCUGCCCCGCCCACGCCCUUACUCCUGGCUGGACGAUCCACGCCGCCACUCUUUAGAAGUAUGCUCAGUGGGGGACCCCUACCCACAGCGCACUGCAACCUCCACUUCUUCUGGCUCCAUAUCCCAGUCUGACAACCUGCUGAUUCCCGCCAAGGCCCCCCUGCCUUCCCCCCGACACAAGAAGAAAAUGAGCCCACCCUGCAUAUCUAUUGACCCACCUGAUGAACUUGAAACCCAGUCUGGCCUGUACCCAAGCCUCGGUGGCAUGGCACUGGGGGGAUUAGGAAUGCCCCCUCCUUUGCCCAGCAGGGACACAUGUCUGAGAAGAAGAGCACCCUCUAACGAGUCCAAGGACUCGAUCGACCUGGGACUGGGAGAGGUCUCAGUCCAGGAUGGGGGCUCGCCAAAUCCCAAUCCUAGCUCCAAGCUAUUGACUCUUCCCAGUUUCUCCUUGGAGAAAACAAGCUCCGAGCACUGAACAUGAACUCUCCCAUCACACACAUACAUACACGGACUUGGACAAACCCUCCACACACGCAAACACAUGAUGCACACUGUGUAUCUGUGAUGGUGAUAGCUCUAGUAAUAAUGCUGUAGAAAGUAAUAAUGGUAAAACUACAACAAACAGUAAAACCAUUCUUCAUGAGGAGCACGGUUAUGUGGUAGUGUGACCAUCCCUCGUUUUUGUAUUGUUACUGCCAAAACAGCUAGAGAAGAAAGGACCACCUGAAACGACAAAUGAGACUGUUUCUCCUCUGCGACGCCCAGUGGCUUGACCCCUAACCUCUGGGAGCAACAUCAGCAUUUGGGAUUUGAUGCCCCUUGUGGCCGCGGACAGAACUGCCUGGUGUUGCACAGGGCGAAACGGGCCAGUGGAGAUACAAAGCAAUAUGAACGUUUUAGAGACACUAUUUUCUUAAAUUAUUGGGCCAUCGUGUUUGUACAGGAUGUUGUUCUUUUUUUUUUCUUUUUUUUUUAGUUUUCACAUCUGAUUUGUUUGUUUUCGUCAACUAUGUUUUGUCUUUUUUUCACUGUAGGAUAUUUCUAGCUUCCUUAGUUUACUAAGGAAAGUGAACGUUUUUCAAAGUGCUGAAAACUAUGUAUUUGUAGGAAUAAUAUAUGAUUAUAUAUAUAAAAAAAAGAAAUCAUUAAACUGAGCUUGGAUUUUUAAGCACUUACAUCAGACCUUGGUGAUUGUGAUUGUUUGGAGGACUGAGGGUAACCUUAAGGGGAUUCUAUUGGUGUCUCACAGAGACCCGGAUCUCUCCUUACAGGGUGUAAACACUGAUUGACAAGUAAUUUAUAGCAGUGCAAAUUGGUAAUCAACUAGACCUAACAAUCUUCCACAUUUCUUAAUCAUUGCACAUAUGCAGACACAGUAUUAAUACAAGCAAGAAGUGUUUCUAUUAUUAAGCCAAUUUUUAGUCAACCAAUAAUUUGUUUUCUGAUAGAAAGUUUGCCGGGAAUUUCUUAGAAUAAUUGAAUGAUGUAAAACAGG